GGAAGUGUUGACUAUUUUAAAGGCGGAAGUUGAGGUGACCGUCAAACAUUCAAGCAGAGUUUCGGUUUUGACCAUGGUGCUAAAGCAGUGUCACAUGCGUUUCAAAGUUUUUGCUCUCAACCACAAUGAAAAGCGCUUCAACCUGGCUAAAACUCAAGACAGAGUUAACUUGUGUAGUUGUUUAUCGUCCAAUUUUUUGUCGACGGGGCGAAGUUGUACAUUUGUAAAGGGCUGGUCGAGUUUCCCGAGUAAUUUAUCCGGCAACCAUCGAAAAAUGCGACAAAAUGGACUCGGAGUGAUGCACUUGUCUGCAAGAGAUCAGACUUCCGUCACCACCAUCCAGUUUGACGUAAAACCUGAUGUUCCCAAAGUCCGGAAGCUGUUCUUUGACACGCAUGCGGUGGUUCGACUCCUCGAGGAAAACGGCUUCACCACUCAGCAAGCCGAGGCGCUGGUUAAGGUGCUCGUGAAGAUGACCAACUCCAACAUGGACGCCAUCUAUAGUGACAUGGUAACCAAAGUACAGCAGGAGAUAAUGUUACAGCGUGUGAUGUCUCAAAUAGCAGCCUUAAAGAAGGACAUGAUCAUCUUGGAGAAGAGUGAGUUUUCCACGUUACUGGCAGAGAAUGAGAAGCUGAAGGUGGAGUUAUGGCAGCUUAAGGUCCAACUUGCUGAUGUCAUGAACAAAAUCCGCUCGGACACAGUUUUGGACAUGAACUUGGAGAAGAGCCGUGUGAAAGAACUGAAAGCAUAUCAUGAGCGGAAGCUUCUGGAAGCACGGACUGAAAUACUAGAAAUGACUGCCGAGCAAGAUCGUCACAUGACUCAGACCAACAUGAAAAUAGACACUGAAGUGGCGGGUUUAAAAACCAUGCUGGAGUCGCAUAAACUGGACACUAUAAAAUACCUGGCAGGUUCCGUGUUCACGUGCCUCACCGUAGUUUUAGGAUUCUAUCGUAUUUGGAUGUAAACAACGCUCGAUUAAACAACAUCAGGAGGAAAUGCACACAAGUCACUCACUCCAGCAAAUGGACAGAUUGUGGGGUGUGACCAUACAAAAUCAGCAGGGGAUCAAAUACUUCUCUCCACCACUGCACAUGCUCAGUGUACUGUAUAUACAUGGUGGUUGGGCAACGGACUGAAUUAAAAUUUUCAUAUGUAUGUACAUUUUCAUAUAUAUUUAAAUCUCUAACUUCCUGUUUUAUCUGUCAUUUUACUGUACACGUAAUAAAAAAUACUU